UCAAACUUGAUUUGAGUUAUAUAUAAUUAUGCAGUGCACUGGAUUUACGACUGUGAGUGGGUACAGGCAAAUUGGUUGAUACGAUGGAAGUCGGGUAACAUCACAUCACUACUUUCCCUUGAUAUCUGAAGACUGUCUUUGACAAAAAGACAUUUGAAAAAAGAACUGCAUCUGAGAUGUAGGUUUCGUAACAAUACAACGUCAUGCGGAAUGCUAUCGAGCAGUGUGAUGUUUUCAUGAUGUGUAUGGAAGGACCGCUGUUGAUGACAGUCGCGUUGCUGUAACUUAGCAUAUCAUUUACGUGGUUACCUGACGUUAGAAACAUUACGUUGAAAGUAUCACCAUUGCUUGGUUCGUAUGUGAACAUGUCUCCAAUAAGGCGAACCUCGAAAAAGAUAGUAUUUAUGCUAUUAUUAGGUACAGUUUUCCUGAUAUAUGGCUAUAUUACUUAUCUCCAAGAACCACUUUAUGUGUUUGUACACAAGGACAUCCAUAGUCAGUGCAUUCUGCCUAAUAUUGAUAUAAACGAUCCCACAAUUAAUCAAUUCUAUAGUUGGCACCCACAGCCAUUAGAGUGCGACUCGACGCCAUCACUAACAUAUGUAGAUAUGAGUGGUGUUUUGAGGUUCAACGAAAGCGUGUACAAUUCAUCCAGAAAUGCGAAACUGAAUUGUGUCUACAGCAUCAUAAGUCGUAUUACAGAUUUCAAAAUCCACUUUGAGAACGAGAUACCUUUCUCAGAACCCGUGGAUGUGCCGGCAGAUUACUUUGUCGUCCGAUGUCGGAAUCCGUCUGGGAAAAUCAAAUACGAAAACCUCCACCAGAAAAUAGACAGAAAAACACACGAAAAAAAGACUGAAUUCAAAGACGAGACGGAGGAAGAUCUCAAUGUAAUUAUGUUUGGAAUAGAUUCUGUUUCACGGUUAGGAGCCAUCCGAAAACUUCCUAAAACUGUGAAGUAUUUAACGGAAACCCUUGGUGGAUAUGUUUUUAAAGGGUACAACAAGGUAGGGGACAACACGUUCCCGAAUCUGAUAGCGUUACUUUGUGGGAAACCAUUAGAAGACUUUAAAUUUGAUUAUCACUAUGUUCAUGCCGAAACAUACCCUUUUAUCUGGAACGAGUUUGAGGAGCAAGGUUAUGUCACAAUGCACAGCGAAGACUGGCCCGAGAUAGCUACUUUCGACCAUUCCAUACCGUUAGGAUUUUCGAAACAGCCUACAACCCAUUACAGUAGACCUUUUUGGUUGGCUCUGCGGAAAAUUCAGCCCAUGCAAUAUAUGAUAGAUCAAGUCUUCAUGUAUUUUGAAUCUAAGGCGAUGAAAAUGAAGACUUCAUCUGGGUUGUGUUACGGCAACCGACCAAACCAUAUGCUAGUUGUAGAUUACUUGAAGAAAUUCUUGCAUAUUUAUAAAGGAAAACGCAAAUUUGCUUUCGCGUGGUUAAAUGAACUAGCACAUAAUUAUGUAAAUUUCUUAGAAUAUGGUGAUAAUGAUUUCAUGGAGCUCUUAAAAUGGAUGCAUGAAGAAGGACAUUUGAACAGAAGUGUUCUUCUUUUAUAUAGUGACCAUGGGUCAAGACUCGACGAAAUCAGGAAUACAUACGUCGGACGAAUUGAGGACAGAAUGCCUUUUGUGUCUAUGGUACUACCGGAAGUGUUAAAAAAUAAAUAUCCAUCGAUAGUUGAAAACAUAAAAGAAAAUCAAAACAGGCUAACAACAGUCUACAACAUACACGAGGCACUCCGUGACGUAUUAUAUAAAAGAUACAGAAAUAUCAAGAGUGACAUUUCAAGCGAUGAACCCACAGGAAGGCCUAUCAGCAUGUUCAGGCCUCUUCCUAAAAGUCAGUCGUGUGCUAAUGCGAAAAUUCCUGAGCAUUAUUGCGCAUGCUACUCAUCAAAACCUGUAAAUAAAUCAGAACCAAUGGUAAACACUAUUGCAAACCGUGUAUUGAAUAGUAUCAAUGAUAUUUUAGUUCCUGUUCGUGACAAGUGUGCUAAAUUGUCUUUACAGACCGUAUUAGAGGUUAGAGCUCUCCAAAAUAGCCUCGAAAGAAAAGCUGAAAAAGAGACAAAAUUUACUUUGCUCAAUUUGAUUAUGUCCCCUGAACAACACUAUGAUCAACAAUACCUAAUUGUGAUAAGAACCACACCCGGGAACGCAACAUUCGAAAGUACAUUAAAACAAAUAGGAAAAAAUGACUUUAAAAUAUUGGAUGAUAUUUCCCGAACCAACCGUCACGGUUCGCAGUCUGGGUGCAUCAGUGAUCGAUAUCUCAGAGGAUUUUGCUAUUGUAAACAGAACCACACUGUUGCUUGAAAAUAGGCCUUCAUCCUACAGGAAUACUACAUACGUAUUUGUAAGUUUAUAUCUAAAUGAGAUGAUUACGAUAACUGUGAUGACAGAUGUACUUAUUAUGUUCCGACAUUAUGACAUAUACAAAAUGUAUAGACAUAAAAUUGAAACGUAGGUAAAUGAAAAUGGUGCCUAAAAUGCUCGGGAAAAAAGCUCACAAGCUAUGUCUAAAAUGACCUAUAAAAAGAGAUUGGGUGUGAAAAGGCUAUGCAAACUUGCAUACAAAAAUUAUAUGUAUAACCGCUUGAAUUACUGAUCAAUGGGUAAAGACUGUAUUAAAGAUAAUAAUUAUUUAUUGAUAUCGGAAGGACCGGUGAGUUUGUCAUACCGCGGCGUCCGUCCGUCAACUGUCUCGGUUACAAAUCUCUACUGGUCAUGAAGUAGCCCUACGGAAGGUUUAACGCAUUUUAUAUCAAAUGUGGAUAUGGCCCCUGGGGCGGGGCCCAAAAGGGAAAAUGUAACAAAAUCCUUUGGUCCGACACAUUUUUUGGUGAAGAAGAGUAAAUUUUUUAAACGUUGGGUCACGACCUACUAGGACUGGAGCGAGAUAGGACUCAUUGGAGGAAAUAAACAAAAUUAUACUCGUGUAACAGUAACUGGAUUUUUCCCAACUUGGUCUGAAGCAUUGCUGGGUGAAGGGGAAUCAAUUUUGUGUAAACUGUGGAUCUCGAACCCCAUGGGCAGUAGAGACAAGAUCCUUUAUAGGGAAAUUUAACAAAUUCUUUAAAAUCCUUCUUCUAAUCUGUAGCAAUGGCAGGAUUCUGUCUAAUGUGGUCUGAAGCAUAAACAGUAUGGCGGACUCCUCACCCCAUUUUAGGCACAGAGGGUCGGCACACAACGGAAAAAUAGACAUGGUUUUUGCUUAGAUAAUGAAUAUUCAUGUUCCUAUAAUUUUGAUGGAGAAAUUUCAGCCAAGCAAAACCAGGUGAGCGAUAGAGGCGCUAAGCUUGCUUAUUAAUGAUUUCGUGUUCAAAUUUACUGACGAUUGCUUACA